UAUUUAUUCUAUUUAGAACACGGUGAGCUCAAACAUAUAUGUUAAUUAAAUGGAACUCGUCUUUAGCUGACGUCAUGAAACAAUGAAGAAGAAGAAGAAGAAAGGAACUGGGGACUGACUUUUUAACGGAACAGCGGAGCACUGAGAUAUCCCAGCUUCGCGAGGGUCCGUGAAGGGGAUGAAAACUUGGUCAACAAGCCGCCACUUGAGCAGCUUUCGGCUUUAUCCUGAACUUCUUCUUCUUCUUCUUAGUCCACCUCGACUACUUUUCCUUGUCUUUGUGGCUCGGGACCGCAGGUUGUCCUUCCGGUCCCCCGCCCGGUGAAGUCCUCCGGUCCCGGUUCCCGCGGUGCCCCCUGAGCCGGGAUGCGAGUCUCCAUUGUACGUCGCUGAGGUCCGGGAGCAGCUCCAUGCGGGCCGGCUAACAAAAGACACGCGCGGCUCCCUCCGGUUCUCCCGCUCAGGGCUCUGGUUCCCCGUGAGGGCGCUUUGGGUCCUCUUCCCACCGCCCCGGUUCUCCGGUUCGGUUCUUUGGGACCCGGUUGUCCUUUUCCCCUCUUUUUGUUCUUGCCGAAGAGCCUCGAGAUGCCGCUCCUGCACCGGAGAGCCUUCAGCCGCCAGAGACCUCCCGGGGACCUGCGGCCCGACGAGGAGGUCUUCCUCUGCAAGAUCACCCACGAGGUUUUCCGGAGCUACGACGAGUUCUUCGAGCGGACCAUCCUGUGUAACAGCCUGGUGUGGAGCUGCGCCCUGACGGGCCGGGCUGGCCUCACCUACCUGGAGGCGCUGGAGAGUGAGCGGCGGGCCCGGCUCAGCCUGCAGAGCUUCUCCCCGGCGCUGCUGGUGCCGCUGCUCCACCUGGCGGCGCUGAGCUGCCGCGGCCGGCUUACGGAGCUCUGUGAGGACGUCUACGGCUACGCCAAAGAUCGCUUCUUCCCCGGGGAGACGGUGGACGUCAACGCCGCCAGACAUGUGUGUGAGAUCCUGCAGGUGCACUCUUCUCACUCCAGCGCCAACGGCCGGCCCAAAGCUGCCGACCACGACACCAUCGUUAUCAGUGACAGCGACGAGGAGGCCAAGGCCUUCCAGAGUCCCUCAGCGCAGGUCAACGGCAGGAAGAAGAAGAAGAAGCCUCUGAGUCCAUCAGUGUUUAAGUACACAGUGAGGAUGGUGAGCGCCGAGCACACGGAGGCCUUCACUGUUAAAGCCAAUCAGAUCAGUCGCAGGAAGACCAGCGUAUCCAGAGAGAGGCUGAAGCUGCUGUUCAAGCAGCACUGUGAACCUCAGAGGGGCACCAUCAGGCUGAAGCCCUCCACAGUGGUGAAGUACCAUCUGUCUGAACAAACCUUCUCCCAGUUCUUCCCUGAUGAGCCCCCCCUCUUCCCCUCCAGCCCCCCCUUUAAAGGGGCAGGGCGGGGCUCCCCUGCUCAGACGAGCUCGUCCCUGGUGAAGGCCGUGGUCCAAGAGAAGCUGAAGCUGCUGCAGCAGAAGGAGGACAUGGCGGCUCAGGAACGGCUGAAGAAGAAGGAGGACGUGCAGAAGACCAGGAGGGACCGGGAGGAGCAGAGGAGGAGGUUUGAGGAGGACAAACGGAAGAGAAGGGAGGAGAAGGACAAGGAACGAGAGAAGCUGAAGGAGGAGAAGAAGAGAUACGCCGAGCGGCUGAAGCUGUGGAACCAACCCAGAGAAGACAUGGACUGUGAAGACCUGAAGGAGCUGCCCAGUCCGGUUCCAGUGAGGACUCGUCUUCCAGCCCACCUCUUUGGUGAAGCCCUGAUGGUUCUGGAGUUCCUGCGGGCCUUCGGCGAGGUCUUCGCCCUGAAGGACGAGUUCCCUGACGGAGUCUCUCUGGAGGUCCUUGAAGAGGCCCUGGUGGGCUCAGAUCCUGAGGGUCCUCUCUGCGAGUUGCUGUUCUUCUUCCUGUCGGCCAUCUUUCAGGCUCUGGAUGAGGAGCAGGAGGACUUGGCUAAAGAGCAGGCUGAAGACCUGUCCGAGGUCCUGGAUGAGGACUGUGCGUCCUCCCAGCCGGCCCUCAACACCGUGUCCUCGCUGGCAGCCUCGUGGUCCCCCCUGCACCAGGGCUGUGGUCUGAAGCAGCUGGACCUGGACAGCUGCUCUCUGUCUGAGAUCCUGCGGCUGCACAUCCUGUCCUCCGGCGCCGACUGUUGCCACGGCAACGCCAAGUUCCGCUACCAGAAGCAGGGCGGCUUCACGCCGAUGGACGACCCGUGUGCCGAGCUGCGAUUGGCAGAGCCGGCGCUACUGAGGAGGCUGACGAGCACCGCCGUGUACGACCUGUCGCCAGGGGAGAAGCUGAGGAUUCUCCAGGCUCUGGUGGGGAAGCUGCUGACGUUGUCCUCCAGCAGAGACCUGAUGGAGGACUGUGUGGAGGACCAGAGGUCCGCCAGGCAGGAGCUGAGGGAGAUCAGAGCGGAGGCCCACCGCCGGGACCGGGAGGAGGCGGCUCUCAGGGUUCGUCUCCGUAAAGAGGAGAAACUGAGGGAGCAGGAGCUGAGGCUGAAGGAGGCGAGACUGAGGGAGCAGGAGCUGAAGGGAGGACUCCACAGUGAACCUCCUGGAGGAGAACUCACUGAGGAAGACGAGGAGCAACGCAAGAAGACGACUGCUGUAGUCCACCAGAGGGAGCCUCAGAUGCCCUGUGACCUCAGAGCCCCCCCCCUCCUGAGUGCAGAGGAGCAGGAGAAGGUUCGAGAGCUGCAGGAGCGGAUCCAGAGGGCGGCAGCCUGCACCUGCCUGCUGCCGCUGGGCCGGGACCGGCUGUACCGCCGCUACUGGCUCCUCCCCUCUGCCGCCACGCUGCUGGUGGAGGACGACGGCUUCGGCCUGACAGAGGACAUGCUGCGUCCGCGGCCCGCGCAGGGCGAGGAGGAGCUGCAGGAGCCCAUCGAGAGGAGUGCUGGCUCAAACCCCGCCCCCCUCCACACCUGUGGGCCGCCAGUCAAUCGGCUUAACCAAUGGUUCUGCUACACCUCCGAGGAGCAGGUGGAGCAGCUGAUCGAGGCCCUGAACCCCCGAGGCCUUCGGGAGAGCAGCCUGAAGGAGGCGCUGCUGCAGGAGAGGGACCGCCUGGCUCACCUGAGUAGGCCCCGUGACACAGAGGAUUUGGAGGCUUCCCGAUCCGUCCCAGAAUGCACCUCUGCAGCUGAGACUCUAAUGGAGGGGAGACUGAGAGACCUGCUGUUGGACAUCGAGGACCGAAUCCACCAGGGAACCCUCGGAACCCUGAAGGGGAUGGACAGACAGGCGUGGCGCUCUGCGCUGCAGGCAAGAGACGACCUGCUGAUGAGCGGACGAGUGGACCUCAUGGAGGUGGACUCACCUGUCCAGCUGAGAGCCAGAGACGGGUACAGUCACAGGCUGCAUGAUCUGAAGUCGGACAGCACAGCGAGCAGCGGGUCUCCUCAGCCAAUCAGCAGCUUGGUACGAAUCCUGGCUCAGGCCCUCGCUCACAUCGAGCAAGGCAUCGAGAGGCGCUUCAUCAAAGCUCCGCUGGGAGACGAAGACUCGAAGAAAGACCAGAAGAACAAGAAGAACAAGAAGAAGGACGAGGACCAGGCCAGUGAUGACGGCAGUGACAGCAGCCGGGUCAGUAGGACUGUGUUGGAGCGAUGGAGGGAGUCUCUUCAGAUCUGUUCCAGUCUGUCUCAGGUGUUUGUUCACCUGUCCAGUCUGGAGAGAAGUGUCCUCUGGUCUCGCUCCGUCCUCAACGCUCGCUGUCGCAUUUGCAGACGCAAAGGAGACGCCGACAACAUGCUGCUGUGUGAUGGCUGUGACCGAGGCCACCACACCCACUGUCUCAGGCCCCGCCUCAAGGCGGUUCCAGAAGGCGACUGGUUCUGUCCAGACUGUCGACCCAAACGGAGAGCAAGCCGCAUCCCAUCCCGUCAGCGCUCUUCUGUCGGGGAGGAGGAGGAGUCGGGGGAGGAGGAAGAAGAAGAAGAGGAGGAAGAGGAGGAGGAGGAAGAAGAAGAAGAGGAGGAGGAGGAUGAAGAAGAAGAAGAGGAGGAGGAGGAGUCAGAGGAAGAGUCAGACGAGGAGAAGGAAGAAGUCGUGAGAACCAAGAAAAACCAGGCCCCGCCCCCUAAAGGUCAACAGGCAACACCCAAAGGUCAACAAGCCACUGCCAACAACAGCAUGCCCGCCUCGGCAGGGAAAAACACAUACGCCUCCAAGUCUUCAGGUAAGAAGGCCACACCCCCCACCGUGAAAGCCAACACGUCUGCAGGUAAAGCUCUGGCUCGGUCUGGGAGUCGAGUCAGCGCCCGUCUGAGCCACGAGAUCCUGUCACCAAACGGCAGGACCACCAAACCCUCACCGGGGCCGACGGAACCCUGCAAGAGACAGCAAACAGAUGUAGCUCCGCCUCUCAAACCCUCCAGACCCGUCCUUGCCCCUUCAAGCUCCUCCCCUUCAUCGUCCUCCAGCCGACGCUCCUCCGGCAGGAACUACGGCGUCCACGAGCUGUCGGCCUGCGAGCAGCUGACGGUGGAGCUCGUCAGACAUGAAGACAGCUGGCCCUUUAAGAAGCUGGUGUCCCGGACUCAGGUGCCUGACUACUAUGACAUCAUCAAAAAGCCGAUCGCUCUGAGCACCAUCAGAGAGAAAGUCAACAACUGUGAAUAUCAGACAGCAGAUGGCUUUGUGUGUGACGUGGACCUGAUGUUCUCCAACUGUCUCCAGUAUAAUCCUCGCCACACCUCUGAAGCGAAGGCCGGGCGUCGCCUGCAGCUCUUCUUCCACUCGGAGCUCGACCGUCUCGGCCUAUCAGAGCGCAGCGCUCCGCCGGCUAAAGUCUCCCGGCACUAAACCGAACCUUGUGACCUCACCGCCGUAGCCUCUGCUCAUUGGUCUUUGACCCCCCCCCAGUGACAAUCAUCUCCUAUAUGACUGCAGGGGUGAAAGGUCACGACAUCCAGCAGCACACACUUGAUCAAUGUUUAGACCAGCUGAUCAAUGUUUAGAUUAGCUGAUCAAUGUUUAGACCAGCUGAUCAAUGUUUAGAUCAGCUGAUCAAUGUGUAGGUGUGUGUUGUCUUGCUCUUGGUGGAUAGACGGUGUCGCAGACAGGAGGGCCCACUCAGUGAGGAAAGGGAGGACCACUAAACGACGCUCAGCUUUUCUUUGUUUUCUCUCAGGGACGAAACGAUUAGAUUUGAAUAAACUCUUUCCUCCCGCAGCAUCACCAUAGCAACAGGGUUUCUACCAGUUUAGACCUCAUCUUCAUUUGUGUGUUAACAUGAAUACGAGUAAAAUAAAUGAUAGUCAUGAGAUCAGCCUUAAAGGGACAGUUACCAUUAGUCUUUCACUUGUGUGUGUGCAUUGAGGCUUAGCGUAGCAUAGCUUAGCAUAAAGAAGCACUGUUCCUUUAAGACAUGAAACUGAGUGGUUUGUAGUUGCUAUGUAUUUUGAGUUCACCAUGUUCUUCUGUGGUGUUAGUGUGUCUCUGUCUCUGUGUCUAUGUCUGUGUGUGUGUGUGUCAGCUAUACACUGGAGCUGUGUGUUCAUUAGUUGUGCGGCGGCUUUAUUUAAGAUAGUUUUCUGUUCAAGUAAAAAAUAAAUUGAAUUUUAUACCCAA